UGUAGACUUUUCUUUUCUGGAGAAAGCUUUUGUAAAUACAAUUCGAGAGAUUCCGAUUCCAUCUAGAGAGGUGAUGGAAGAAGCGAACGGCGACGACGAUGAGCUACGAAAGAACACAACUUUACAGCGGAGGAGUUCGAUUCUUCUUCUUCUUCUUCUUCUUGUGUUAAUCUCCUUGAGCGCUACGACGAGGGUCUCUGCUUCGGUAGACGAAUCUGGAAGAAGAAGAGUGAUCGAAGCUAGAAGCGGACAAGACUUGGUUUGGGUGGUUCAGCUAUCAGAUCUCCAUUUCAGUGUUCAUCACCCCGACAGAGCUAUCGAUUUCAGAAACUUACUCGGUCCUGCUCUCUCCCUCAUCAACCCUUCUCUCGUCUUUAUCACCGGCGAUCUCACAGAUGGGAAGAGUAAAGACAUGUUAACAAUGAAGCAAAACGAAGAAGAGUGGUUAGAGUACGAGAGCGUGAUGCAAGACGUUGUCAAGAGAAGUGGGUUGAAUAAAACCUUAUUCUAUGAUCUUAGGGGUAACCACGACAACUUUGGUGUCCCCUCUCUUAAUUCAUCAGUUGAUUUCUUCUCAAAGUAUAGCAUCAAUGGGAAGUUAGCAAGGAAAGAUAAUAUCAACACCAUCACUCUCGAGACUAGUGAACGUAAACAUCUCUUCGUUGGUGUUGACACCACAAUGAGUAUUGGACUACGCGGCCCAACAAACCUCUUCGGGCACCCAACCGAUGAGCUUCUAACCUCGCUCGACUCACAGUUAUCGCAAUGGGAUGACGACAAGCCGACAAAGCCUGUGACUAAGAUCUCAUUCGGACAUUUCCCGUUAUCCUUCUCAGCUCUAACACAUUCCAAAAAGAGCCUUAGGGACGUGUUCUUGAAGCACUCCGUCUCCGCUUACCUCUGUGGACACCUGCACUCGAGGUUCGGCAAGAACCUCAAGAGACUCCACCGCUCCGGCGGCGUCAGUUUAUCGGAUAACGACUUGUUUCAGCUGAACAUGAGGCGGAGCGGCGCCGAUGAAAGUGCUACGAACUGUUCUUUCGGAGCCUCCCCGGAUGCGGAGUUCUGGGAGUGGGAGAUGGGUGACUGGAGAAAGAACAGGGCGGUCCGGAUCGUGGCUGUCGAUAGAGGUCAUGUCUCGUACCUUGAUCUCGACUUCAAGUCGUCGGAUUCUCAUAAGACCAUCGUGUUACCGACUUUUCCAUUAGAUUCACGUUUCAUGUCGACGUCGUUAGCACGCCACAGAUACGAGUGUCAGCACAUGAUCUCUUCCUCCUACGACGCGAUAAGAGCCAUUGUGUUUUCUCAAUCUCUGGUUGUUGAUGUUGUCGCUAGAGUCUAUGACUCAACUCCUGGAUUCAACAAUCUAGUCAUGGAAGCUCCUAUGAGAAAACAUGGUUCCACUUCUGGAGCAUCUUUUUAUUCACUCCCGUGGAACUAUAGAGCCUUUGAAGAUUCUUUACCUGAUAGGUAUUGGCUUCAGAUAGAAGUGACUGACAUCAAAGGAAGAUCGACUUUAUCGGAGCUGCGUCCGUUUUCAAUCAACGGUCUGAGCUCUAGAGUGUCGUGGACGUGGAACGAGUUUCGUGUAAUGGGCUGCCAAUGGGCCGCGUUGUACUUCCCCAUUCUAUGGUCUGUGAUAAGCUGUUUGCUUCUUGCUUUCUUUAUUCCGAAAUGCAUCAUCGUUGUUUUCAAGAAGCAGUACACUCUCAAGAAGUUCGUCGCCAAGAAAGGACUGUUCACGCUUGUGCUGUGGAUUCUCCAAGACCUUUGUAGACUCCCUGUGGUUUGGUUCGGUUACGUGGCGUAUUUGCUUUAUCUCAUAUUCUUCCCUUGGUUCUCCGGCGAAGUGUUUACUGACUCCGGGAAGAGAACGUACAUGACUAUUAUGGGAUGGGUGGUCACGACCGGAGAGAGGAAACAUGAGUACGUUGGGGAGCCUGAUGUGAUGGUUCUGGUGAUUCCUCAUCUGGUCUUUGUUGUCAUCCCGAGUUUGUUGAUUGUGUGUUGUUUUGUUGCUGAGAGAGAACUCUACAAAGAGCAUAUUAGAGCUGUAUCUGGUAAGAAGGAAGAUGACCAUAAUGACCGGGGAAGGAAGAAGAGAUGGCAACGCCGGUCUGUGUUGUUCUCUAAGAGGAGAUUGGUUCGGAAGUCGCUAUUGCUGGCUUCAUUGGCUCUGUACUGGAAGCAUUUCAAGAAUUGCUGGAGUCUAGCUAGAGCUUAUGAGAUGAACGUGGUUCAUUUUCCAGGUUACAGUCUUGUGGUUCCCUUGUUGCUACUUUAUGUUAUCUUCAAAACUCAUAAAGCUCCAUGAGAGAACAACAAAAAACUCUGAGACAGUUUUCUCAAUUAUCUUCUUAUUGAAAAAGAGCAAAUUGUUUUGUUUAGCA